CGCCGCUCGACCCUCCUCCUCCGCCACCACAUCUCGCAUACUCCUCUCGCAAUAUGCCACCACCCUCCCCUACCUCGGGCCCACCAGGCUCUGGGUUUUCCAUGCCUGCGCCUCGCCAUACCCCAUCCGCUUCGCCUUAUGUGGGCUCGAGGGAACUGCCAGGCUUCAGCUCCCGACCGGGCACCACCAUGUCCAUCUCUUCGCUCAUCGGCGGCGACCCGUCGUCUCGCCAUGGAAACCACUCGCCAAAGACCGUCGCGACUGCGCCCUCCCCUCCGAUGAAGCCUAUACACCCGUCGUCCCCGCAAAGAGCUCGUUCGGCCAGCACAAGAGCCCCGCCUGGCCAUUACCCACGGCCCCACAGCCCGACCAGUAUGAUGCAAGCUCAGAGACCUGCAGAAUCAAAGUCUCAGCCCUUCCAUCAACCUGGUCCACACCAACCACUCCACAUGUCUCAACAUAACGCUGCUCCAGGCUUCCGCCCCUUCCAGUCAUCUCCACCUUCAGGCCAUCCUGAGGAGCAACAUCACUACGCUGGGCAUGCGCCAUCCCGACCUAACAGUCAACCCAUGCAUGCUCACCUCGAUCAGGAGUUGCGAAACAGGCAAGACAUGCACGACCGACCGCCGCCACGUCACCCUUCCGCUUUCCCACCAUACGUCGACCACAUGGGCAGACCCGGACCGUUGUCGCAACCACCUUCAAGGGCUGAUCUUGAACGGCCGGAUCUCAACGGUCAUGGCCAUCAUCAGCUGCCUCACACAAUGUCACAUACAGCACGCUCCACGCCAGCGCCUCCACCACAAUCGUAUGGUCGCCUGAACUUCGGCCCAGUGCGCGAGGAGUAUCCAGGUCUGUUUAGGCCUGCGGUGCAGAUGCCGAGCAGAGAAGAGAUGGAACAACGUGGCCCACACAACGAGAUGAUCGGUCGACCUGAACACAGGCAAUCGCCCGCCAUGAACGGCAUGGAUGAUAGGCAAAGGCCGAAUGCAGCACAUUACGCCAUGUACGGCCCGCCGGGCUAUGAAGCAAGAGAAGGAGAAGAACACCCUCUUCAGCGAGCCUUCUUGGGCGUAGCAUCAGAGAUCAGACACAAGAAUGGAAGGUCGUCACCACUGCCUCAAGCGGUUCAAGGAGCACAACCACGACACAUAGGCCCUGGAGCGGACCCUGGCGUUAAAAGUGAGUUUGGUCGAAUGUUCUCGGGCCUCGGUAGCGGUGUUGGUAGUAAUACUCCCACAGCCGGUAUUGCAACCCCUUCACGCGGCAGUCCAGCCAGGCAGGUGGAUGUCAACGAAGACACAGAUAGUAGAAAAGCACGAAGCAGAUUGAGAGAAGACAAUCGCGAGGACAGUGAUAGCGUGGAUGGUAGGAACACCCCGACGGCUAGCCAGAGAGGCAGCAAGCGGCCCAAAACAACACAUCAACCACCGCAUCAUCAUCACCAUCAUGCCCACGCACACCACCACCACCAUCAUCACCAUGGCAUGCCGGAAGAACAAAUCCCUCAAGCCCAAGCACCUUUCCAUCCUCUCCGCUUCCCGUCUAAUGCCAGUACGCCGCAGCAGGCUGCAGCUGCUGCUCAUCAUCACCACCAUCAUCAUCACCAUGCCGUUCACGCGCAUCCGCCCCACCACCAUCAUCACAAUGUAAGGCCACCGCUGAUGCCUUCUGCACGCAAACCUCAAACAUCCGUCUCAAACCAGGAACUGCUCGCAUCCAUCUCAGGUUUCCAACGAAAGCACCUCGGAAGCCAGCUCUACUCUACAAAGCUCAGUCUGCCUCCAAGAGAGUCCACUCCUCUCGACUCCAAGUAUCAUUUCAAGAGCUCUGUCAAGCCGAUCCCUAGGUUCGAAGGCAAAGACAAUUGCACGUUUACCGUUCGUGUACCACGCGCCUAUCUUGCCGCUUCUGGUACUACCGACGAAGGUGACACUGUCGCUGGCGGUCUCGAGGAAAUCUGUAAAACACGCGCAGUAUGGGGUUCUGAAGUUUAUUCUGACGAUUCUGACCCUGUCGCUGCUGCUGUUCACUCUGGCUGGAUCCGUGGUGACUUUGGCGAGUUUAAUGAGGACCUCCGCGAGCUAUUCUCAGAGCAAGGCGAAGAGGCCUCAGACACUCCAGAACUGGGCAAAGUCGUCACAGAGAAGCCCAAAGUGCCAUUGCGUUUACCACCCAAGGCUGACCUGCACAUUACACUCCUCAUACUGCCUGCUCUUACAAAUUACAUGGCAUCGACGCAGAACUUCCUGCGCUCUCGGGAGUGGGGUUCCGAUCACGACGGUGUCAGCUACAUGAUUCACUCGAUCGAGUUCGUGGAAGAAAGCACUUCCAACAGAUUUACAGAACGCAGUGCAGCGGCCAAACACCAGCGUAUCAAGGACGAUCUUGCUCGUAGAAGAGAAGCAGCGGAAAGUCUGCUCGGAUUGCUGCAAGGAAGCAGGGGAAAUAUGACACCGGCUAGCUCAAAUGUGUCUGUUGGCGCAUAGAGUUCCAAGAUUAACGUACAAUGUCGCUAAUGUUUCAAUCACGAGUCUACAACUAUCAAAAAGCAAUCAAUCAAUGAAAGGGUUUUAUCAUAUUU